UUCAUCUUCAUCUCUUUUUCCUCAUCAAUUGCUCACUUUUUUUUUCUUCCUCGAAUCUAUUUCACUUUGAAAACUAUUCUUGUUUCAUCAACAUGAUCAUCGUGUUUGAUAUUAAUCUAGGCCAAUACAAUCAUUUGUUUGUCCAUCACUUAUCAUCAUCAUCUGUUUAUCAUCAUCAUCAUCAUAAGUUUUAAUCAUUAUCUUCAUCAUCUUUUCCUUUUCCUGAAUUGAUGACAUCCAUGUUAUCCAAGUUGAAAUCCUCCCCGGAAACCGGCAAUUAUACCAACAACAACAAUAGUAAUAACAAUAAGCCAAUUGUAAGAUUAACAAUUAACUUUUAAUCCAAUCGUCAAAAUAUCAGAUCAAAUUUUUUUCCUUCUCUAUAUUGAUUAAUAGUAUUAAAGUGAUUGAAUGUGUUGGUUAUCAUUUAUACCGUUAUCAUCAUCCCAUUCAUCCUCAUCUUCAUCACCAUCAACAACAACAACAUUAAUUAAGCUACAAAAUGUAAUCUCAUUAUUUGGUUUGGUCACUUUUAUAUCUCUAUCUUCAGGUUUAGCAUCCACAUUUGCAUCAUCUCAAAUUUCAUCAUCUUUUAUCAAUUUUAAAGAAUCUCCGCUCUUUUUAACGACAACCUUUGAUGAUGUUCUGGUAAACCCUGGAGGGAAUGUCCUCCUUUCAUGUUCAGCAUCCGGCUUACCUCUUCCUCGAGCAGGUUGGCUAUUUAAUGGUAAGCCGAUUGACCCAUUGGAAAGUGUCAGCUCCAAUGAUCCAGGAGCUGGUGGUAAAAGUGAAAGUGAAACUCUCGGUAAACCAUUGGUUCAAGUCCGCCGAUUUGCAUCGGAAGUAAGGACAACCGUUAAUCUGACCUCCGUUAAUUUAACCUCUUCUGGCCUUUAUACAUGUAUAUUUGAAAAUGAUCUUACAAGGGUCAGCCAUUCAGGUCGUCUUAAUGUCCAUGGUAAUCCAAUUGUCCACGAUUCAAUGGUUCUAGGCCAAGAAGGGUCAAAUAUAACUCUUGAAUGCCGAUACGGAGGUUAUCCUAUUCAUUCAAUUUCCUGGGAAAAAGGUAAUCAACAACUUCCAGCUGAUCAUCGUCACCAUUUAAUUGAUAAAAUUAAAGGUUACUUGUUGAUACGAAAUCUAAUUCCAGAGGAUUCCGGUUCAUAUAAAUGUAAUGUAAUCGGUAAUAAUAAUUCAACAGCAUUUGGUUACGUUUAUCUUAAUGUUGGAGCAUCACCAACAAUUGAUGAGGUUUUUUUACCAGAAUCAAGGUUAGUCCUUGAAGGAACCAAAGUAAACAUUAUCUGUUUUAUCAACAAAGGUGAUUCUGAGAUCUAUUUUAAUUGGUACAAAGAUGAUCAAAGAAUUGCAGAAAAAAGUGAUCUCUCAUCAUCAUCUUCUUCAUCUUCAUCUUCAUUAUCAAGUGAUAACUUCCUGAUCGAAAGGUCCAACCAUUCAUCAUCGAUAUUGUUCAAAUCAGUUCAUAUCUCUGAUCGAGGCGAUUACACUUGCCAAGCAAGUAACAAGUACGGAUCAGAUUCAAGGAAAACUAGAUUAAUUGUUCAGUCUAAACCCAAAUGGCGCAUUGAACCAGCAACAAAUAUCAAUGGGACUUUGGGUAAAAAAUUGAUAAUCAAUUGUGAUGCUGAUGGUUAUCCAAGGCCCAAUAUAACUUGGCUAAUUAAAUCAGGUCCAUUGGGACGAUUUGUUGGACCUCGAGAUGGACGAUUAAGACAAUUUGAAAAUGGUUCACUUCUGAUUGAAAGGAUAAGUGAUGAGGAUGAAACUCAAUUCAUGUGUUCAGCUAUUAAUGGAAUCGGCGAUGGAAUCAAUAAAAUAAUCAAUUUUAAAGUUAAUCGUCCACCAAAGAUAACGGCUGAAACAAGUUCGAUUGAGAUUAAGAAAGGAGGUGAAGUGACCAUUAGAUGUGUCGGUUAUGGUGAUCUACCAAUAACCAUGGAGUGGACUCGAUCAACUGAAAAGAUUAACAAUCAACUAAAUAACAGUAAAUAUUCAAUCAAUACAACUCAAAUGUCCGAUGUCGACGGAAUCAUAUCAAUACUAACGGUCACUUUAAUAUCUCGGGAAGAUGAAGAUGUCUAUUCAUGUGUUGGACAUAAUGAUUAUGGUUAUGCCUCAGUAUCAAUCAGAUUAACUGUAAUUGAGAAACCUGAUAAACCAAUUAACCUGGAAGCUUUUAACAUCUCCAGUAGAUACAUUGGUUUACAUUGGAAGUUACCUUUUGAUGGUAAUUCAAUAAUUAAACACUGUCACAUAAUUUAUGAGUCAACAAUUAAUUCACCUGAAAGUGUUAAUCACAAUUCUAGUGAAAACUUUAAUUCUAAAUUAACUGUUGACGGACCAAUUUUAUCAACACUCAUCUCGAAUCUACUUCCAUUGGUAACAUAUACUUUUCGUGUCUAUUGUGAAAAUGGUGUCGGUCAAAGUGAUAAAAGUGAUCCAAUUAAUGUCACUACUCGUCAAGAAGCUCCUGAAGGUCCACCACAGUCAAUUAAAGUUCAAGCGACUGGUUCGCAGUCAUUGAAAGUGACCUGGUCGCCAGUUCCUCCGGAACACCAACAUGGUCCGAUUUUGGCUUAUUAUAUCGGCUACAAGACGGAAUCCGCUACUGACCGGUACCAGUUUAAACAUUAUACCGUCAAUAUGGACGAGGAACGUAAUUUACCAACAUUUACCACUUAUUUGACCAAUUUAAGGCCUUUGACCCGUUACUGGGUCGUGGUUCAAGCUUACAAUCAGGCCGGAUCUGGGCCUUUAUCUGAUCCGGUGGUUGGUGUUACCCUGGAAACCUCACCGCCGAUAUCUCCGUUGAUUAAUAUUAUUGGUACGACCAAUGAUUCCAUAGAAUUGGCCUGGGAACGGGAUGUUAAAGAUAAAUCAAUCAUUCGAGAAUAUAAUCUCUACUAUAAAGAGGAAAACAAGCAAACUCUUCAUCAUAUCAAAUUAGAACCCGAAUUACGAAGUUAUAUUCUUAAAGAUCUUUCCUGUGGAACCAAAUAUUCACUCUACAUGACGGCAACGAAUAGUCUUGGAACUGGAGAGGCAAGUCCAAAAAUUUACUCACGAACUAAAGGUGCAGCUCCAGUUUCACCAACUCGUAUGUCAUCCGUUAUUUGGGCUAAUCGAACUGAAGUUAUUCUUAACCUUGGCCAGUGGAAUAACGGAGGUUGUCCAAUACAUUAUUUCGAGAUUAAAAAGCGUCCAAAACACACUAACAUAUGGACUCCUGUCCACGAGAAAUUAGCACUUAAAGGAUCAAAAAAGGAAAUUGUUCUCCAUCAUUUCGUCCCUGGAAUGACCUAUGUUGUCCUAGUGACCGCUAAAAACGAUGCUGGAGUGACCCAAGCCGAAUACUUGGUCACAAUGCCGAAUGUUGAUUCAUCAUUAUCAUCAUCAUCUUCUCGUAGCUCAUUUUCGUUGGCUAAAACUCGAAACAACGAACUAAGUUCCAACUACGAGGAAGUGCCUUUAUACCGAAAUAUGGCCUUUAUCUUACCGAUCAGUUUAUCUCUUGCAACCAUAAUUUUCCUCCUUCUAAUUGCUUUCUAUUGUAUUAAUCGUCAACCCCAACCGAUUUACAAUCAUUACUCAGAAGAUGAUGGAAAACCAAGUAAUUCUUUAUCAUUAUCUGAUUUAUCGAAUCAAAAAUCUGGCCCUAGAAUUAAUUUACCAACCAAGUGUAUGAAUAUCGAUCCGAUCACCAUGAAAACGGGCUCGAUUGGCUCAGGAUUGGCCACUUAUUCAACUGGAAAUCAUUUACUAUCCGAUCGAGGGUAUUCAGCAUCAACACCGAUCAAUACUCACCAUCAGUACUCAGAACCUUAUUCAACCGCAAGUGGACUUGAUACCUGUUCACCUCCAGGCUCAAAAGAUCACCAUUUCGCCACAAUCAAACGCGGUGCCUCAGGUCCAAGGCCAUCACCUUAUAUUGCCUCUUGAUUAUCACCGACGAAGCAAAAGUUUUCAAUAAGCCCAAUUGUUGAUCAACUGAUCACAAACUACGAUUUGUAUAUUAUUACUAUUCAACUAAUUGUCCAAUAAUUGUAAUAGUGUCCACUAGUCAUCACAUUUCCCACCAAGAAAAUAUCAAACAAUCAAGAAGCAAAUCAAAUUGUAAUUGUAAUUGUAAUUUAUAUUUUUGGCUACAAACAUAAUCAACUCAAAUUGUUGAUAAUGGAAACUUUCAUUUAAUCAAUAAAUUAACCAAUUGAUGAUGAAAAAAAAAAGUUUCUAACCAAUAAUCUUGCUAAAUUAUUAUCAACUUCAACUACAAUUAAAUCAACAAUUAAGUUGGUAUUUCAGUUUUCAUUACAAACUUUUAAAUGUCAAUUAAUUGAGAGAAAAUUGUUAAUUGUUUCCAAACAAU